GGUGCGAGUCGUCCUGCGCGGGGCCUAUCCUUUGGGGAUCUAGGCAUAGCCAGUUUUUCAGUAGUCGAAUCGGGGCAGAGUCAGGGCGAAACCUGGAACGGGACGGAGUCGGGCCCGACCAUGAGCCGUGUGAACGGACAGUCCACCAAGUGCACAGCCGUUGGAUUUG